AUGGCGUCUUUUGUUGGCCUUGAUGCAGGGGCCUUCCAGCCCAAGGCUGCUGCGCUGUCGGAGCUGCGGCUGGCAAAGCAGGGCCUGGAUUUCCGGCGGAGGGAUCUCCUCGAAGCCCAAAAGAGGCUCCGGACCACGCAGAGGCGCCUGGGCGAGGCCUGCGAGGCUUUCCGAGCCCAGCGUGCCGGCUUGCAGGAGGAGCUCAACCUCGGCAGCGAGCUGGGGCAUAGCCUGGCUUCCCAGCAGGCACUCCUGCAGAAGCAGCUCGAGACGUUGGACCACGAGCGCCUCACUGUCGAUGUCUUAAAGGAUGAGGUGCGAAGGAUGCGCGAGGAGCAACACAAGAUGCCUGUCCGUGAAGGGCCUCCCCAGGCUCGCCUAGUACGUCCUGCGGAGAUGAGCUGA